AUGGUCUGUUGCGUCCUUGGCUGCGCAUGCGCAGGUGUGUCCCACUUCUGCUCCCAUCGCCGGGAUUUCUACCAGAGGUUCUGCCCUCUCUUUGAUGUCACGAAUCCGGUCGCUGUCCAAACGCCACCGCCGAAGGACACCUCCAAGGCUGAUCUUGAGACUCCGGAGAAGUCGGCGGCGCCUCGGGGCGUAAGCUCGAGCCCAAGCCCGCAGAAGAGGGCCACCUUGGCCAUGAGUGCCCCAGGUGCAGUUCAGGUCGUGAAAGUUACACCUGGCUACGAACCGAUCGUGCUCAAGAAGAAGUUGGAAGAGCACGAUGUGCCGCUGCAAAGCAGCGAGCUGCUUCUGCCGCUCCUUCAGCAAUGGGGCUCAGCGCGCCUGCAGCAGGUGCUAGAUCUCUGGAACUUCCUAGGGGAGGGUUCUGCAGGCUCCAAGUCGUGCAAUCUCAACCCACUCAGCGAUUCGGCAUUGAGCGUGUGGGGCCCGCGAGGUACCGGCAAGAGUGCAUUGGUCGAGGACUACCUGCAAAGGAUGCGCUUUCCGUACGUGAAGCUCAGUGGUCUCGGUGUGGCCAACCGGGCUGAAGCACACCAGCAGCUUGUGGGUCGCCUCACCUGCGCUGCCAUCAAGCAGCAGCGGUCGGCGAAGUCAGAGCUUGAAAGCUUGGACCCUGCAUCUGUCCCGAAGCACUUGCGUCAACUGGAUCAACUGCAGGCAGCCCUGGACGUCCCCUUAGCCACGCUGGAUCGCUUGUGUUGUCCGAAGGUGAUCAUCGUGCUGGACCACGUCGAGGAGCUUUGCCACCGCAUUGGCAAGGAGGGGCUGGAGCUCUUGAUGUGGUCUUUCACUGCUCAGUGGACCGAGACUCGGCCAAUGCUGCCUGGCUUCGCCCUCAGGUCUCGUGAGAAGAGGGCCUGGUGCUGCGAGCACGAAGGGAUCGCAUGUGAGGAAGAGUUCCACUGCGACGUUGCCAUCGGGAACUACCAGCUGGCCUGGUCGCUGGCGAAGAAGAGGUAUUGCUGCAAGCAUGCAGGUUUCGGCUGUGAGGGACUUCCGGACGAGCUUCUGCCCCUGACGACGCGGGCACCCCAAGUGGAUCCAGGUAACCUACUGGCAAAGGCUCCAGUGGCGAUGUGGCCAAAGGAGGAAGGUGCCGAUGCGGUUGAGCCUGACGAGGAUGUCUUGAUGCCCUGCGACGACAUCUCUCGCCGAGGGCUUUUUGUGGGAACAGUGAGGCGUAGCGAAGGGCAAGCUUGCUGGGAGAUCUGCAUGGAGGAGAAUUGGCGCAUGUGGCUCGCGCCGUGGCUCGCGCUGCUGCUGCUCCUCGUGCUUUGGAUCCUGGCAUUCUGGCAGGCCUGCUGCGCCGCAUGCUGCUGCUGCUGUCGCUUGAAGCGCGAGCCGGCAACAGGAGAGUCCUGGGCCCGGCGUUUAGUGUUAGCGAGCCGGUUCUGGUACCAGGCUCCCCUUGUCGCCGCCGGCUUCCUUUGGCUGGUUCUGGCAGGCCCCGGCCUACUCAUCCUGGAGAUGGACAGGUCGGCCGUCUGCUACAAAGCCUUGCUGAGUGGGCUGCUGGCGCUGCCACCACUUCCACAGGAGCUGCCCUGGUGGCUCACCUGGCUAUGGCUGCUGGAGGAGUACAAGGGAAGCAUCCUGGCUUUUCUCCUAGCCUCUCUGCGGUGGAUCACCGCCGAGGUAGUCGGGCGUUGCCAACGCUUUGAUGUUCCAGAGGGAUAUGACUCUUACCGCCCUUUGGCGAGUCGGCAUGGCGAAGACAUUGACUCGGUAAGGUGGCGGGAGGCUCAGGAAGAUGAUGAUGCUCCCUGGACUGUCUUGUCGCCCGAACAUGAAUACACCAGAUUAGCGGAAGCCCACGUCUGCGCCAAGGUGCGGCUUUUCCCAGGCCAGUUUGGCUUGGAUCUCGGAAAGUGA